GUGGGGGGAAAAAGCGAAAAGGGCUGGGCUAAGAGAGGAAUCAAACCACAACCUGAGCUGCGCUUCCAUCACAAACCAGUUUGGGAGAAAGUAUGUUCUAGAGGAGAGGCUAGUGCAUAACAAGUCACAAACUGUGGCUCAAAACUCGGAUUUCUCUGCGCGCUAAACGUUAAGGAGGCAGCGUCAGAGUUUUGUAUUGGAGUCCAUUUUGAGGUGCUAAUAUCAUUUUCUGCAAGUGUAGUUAAUCGCGUUUGUUGUUCUGUAUUUGUGCUGGAUUUGUUUUUGUUUUGGUGUGCGCAAUGAUGGACACUUACCAAAACCCAGAGGAUGACGCAAUGGCCCUGAUGGUCCACGACACCAACACCGCGAAGGACAAGGAGCGACCGAAGGAGGAACCGGUCCAGGAAAAGGGUUCGGAGAAAACGGACCCGUCUCAAAAACCACCAUAUUCGUAUGUGGCUCUCAUUGCCAUGGCCAUCCGGGAGAGCACAGAGAAGCGCCUGACUCUAUCUGGUAUUUACCAGUAUAUAAUCACCAAAUUCCCUUUCUACGAGAAAAACAAGAAAGGCUGGCAAAACAGUAUCCGGCAUAACUUGAGUCUGAACGAAUGUUUCAUCAAAGUUCCUCGCGAGGGAGGCGGCGAGAGAAAGGGGAAUUACUGGACCCUUGACCCGGCGUGCGAGGACAUGUUCGAGAAGGGAAACUACAGAAGGAGACGUCGAAUGAAACGUCCCUUCAGACCUCCACCGACCCAUUUCCAGCCCGGGAAAUCCCUCUUCGGCGGUGAUGGGUACGGCUACCUGUCCCCUCCAAAGUACCUGCAGUCCAGCUUCAUGAACAACUCGUGGUCGCUGGGCCAACCGCCCACCCCGAUGUCCUACACCUCCUGUCAGAUGGCCGGUGGCAACGUGAGUCCAGUAAAUGUGAAAGGCCUGUCCGCUCCCUCCUCAUACAACCCGUACUCCCGGGUGCAGAGCAUGGGUCUCCCCAGUAUGGUGAACUCUUAUAACGGCAUGAGCCAUCACCACCACCCGCACGCUCACCAUGCCCAGCAGCUGAGCCCGGCGACCGCUGCGCCGCCCCCGGUCUCCUCCAGCAACGGAGGUGGCCUGCAGUUCGCCUGCUCCCGCCAGCCUACGGAGCUCUCCAUGAUGCACUGUUCGUAUUGGGAUCACGAGAGCAAACACUCCGCGUUACACACGAGGAUUGACAUUUAGAGUUUACCAGAGGGCCACUUGUAAAAUGGACUCUUGUGAGAGAAAGACAAUAAGUCAAUUCCUGUGUAUUCAAAACAGAAACCAAAUUAUUUUUGAAGAGACAAUACUAUGACGGGCUCUUUUGAUCCAAAUAAUGUACUGAACAUUCAUAUGGAAAGACAUCCUGUGUAUUCAAAACAGAAACCAAAUUAUUUUUGAAGAGACAAUAAUAUGACGGGCUCUUUUGAUCCAAAUAAUGUACUGAACAUUCAUAUGGAAAGACAUCCAAGUGGGGAUGGUGAGAGAAUUUUCAAAAACUGUAAAUUGUGAGAUUAAGUGGUCACAACUAAGCACGAGGUAGCAUCACUUUUUGUUGCAUUGGACAGAAGGCCGUGCUAUUGUAUGUUAUAUUUGUCAAAUCCGGCCAGUUCCCUUUUCGCGGGGAUACGAAUUCCAUGAAAAGAAAACAAACAAAACCCUCUCCCUGUCUUGGAAUUUGAAACAUCACCUGAACGAGUGAUAAUUGAAUUAGAAGUCCUACGUAUUUGAAGCAGUAUAGUGCACUGAGCGGACUCCAGCAAAACCAGGUGAAAUGUUGAUUCUUUAGUCUGUCUUUACUUGUUUUAUUACGGUGUCACAGUUCUUACUCGGGAUGCAGGUGGGGAGACAGAGCACCGUCAGAAGGAGCAAUACCAAAGAUGUGUUACUUCGGGGGUCAUCGACUUUUUAGGCUUCGUGACCUCUGAUAGAGAUGGUUUGGUUUCCGAUAACAUUCAGUCCAGUGACAGAUUUUUUUAACCUUUCUUGUUUUUUUAUAAUCGUAAUUCUUUUUGUCUCAUUCAUGUUGGGACCAUGUUAAAUUAGCACUUUUCCCUCUUUUUCUAGUAUUUUGAAUUUCUUAAUAAACUUGUAUUUCUUUCAUCGUAAAA